GGUUUCACUGCACAAGUUUCUUUCGAACAACCGGCGUGUGAAGGUAGUGAGGUUUGCUUUCUUCGUGUAAAAAUAAUUCGCGUGCGUGAACAAAAAUAUAAUACGUCGCAAAUUUAGAGGUGUUUCGUUCAUUUUAAUUUAAAUUGAAAUUUGUUAUAUCAAUCGAUUUUAGGCAAAAUAAGAGGUGAGAGAGCAGCCCGUGCAGACUCUUUUAUUACAAUACAGCAACAACGAAGGGAGAACUUGUGAAGCUAACCGCGUCUGGGGAGCUUUUCUGUGAGGUUAUUUAUUUGGUGGAAGCUUUAAAUUAUCGAUUAGCAAAAUGGCAGACGAAGAUUUAUCGUUGAACGAAGAUCAACUUCUGGACAAUCUUGACGAGGCAAAUGGCGAGCACGAAGCGGAACUAAUGAACGAAAACGAGGAGGAAGCCAAUAUGCAAAUCGAUCCUGAACUAGAGGCAAUUAAGGCGCGUGUUAAGGAAAUGGAGGAGGAGGCCGAAAAAAUUAAACAAAUGCAAUCUGAAGUUGAUAAACAAAUGGCCGGCUCGACAACGGGCUUGGCUACGGUGCCAUUGUCGAUGGAAGAGAAGCAAGAAAUUGAUACACGUUCCGUAUAUGUGGGCAACGUAGACUAUGGAGCUUCAGCUGAAGAACUAGAAUCACACUUUCAUGGUUGUGGUACUAUCAAUCGAGUGACCAUUUUAUGUAACAAAGCUGAUGGCCAUCCCAAAGGCUUUGCUUAUAUUGAGUUCGGCUCAAAGGAAUUUGUUGAGACUGCAUUAGCUAUGAAUGAAACCCUUUUCAGAGGCCGACAAAUUAAGGUUAUGUCGAAACGCACCAAUCGUCCUGGACUCUCCACGACAAAUCGUUUCGCGCGCGGUAGCUUCCGUGGUCGAGGUGCACGUAUAUCUCGCGCCUGUUGUCACACUUCCUUCCGUGGCUCUCGACGUCCAAUAAGGGGUUAUCGCGGACGUGCUAAUUACUACGCACCUUACUGAUUAAUGUUUUAUUCCUACUUCUAAGAUUUUUUUUACAAUAUAUAAAAUGAUUUCAAAAAACAUUAUACAUACCGUUCGUUACCAAUCUCCUUAAAAAUAAAGAUGUCAAAAAAUAUUUAAUGACCAAAUAGAGCAUCAGACAAAAAAGUAGACAGCAGAAAGGAAAAAAAAGAAAAUUGUAAAAAAAGGACCAAAUUGCUUAUAAAAGCGAAUAACAAACAACAAUAAAUGGUAAAACUAAAAUAUACUGCUAAAUAAAUACAGCCUGAAAAAAGAAUACAACGAGAAAUAAAUUACAGAAACAGUCAAAAGAUGGAUUUUCAUUAUUUCAUUGGUUAUAAUGUUUUUUGAACAGCAACACAACAACAUCCCCGUUUAAACAGUUUUAAUUUCCCAACUUUUAAUCAUUCAACAAGUUCUUAAAGAUGUACAAAAGAGGAAAAGAACUCACAAAAGAAAAAAUGCCAAAAUAAAGAAAAGAUAAUAAAAUAAAAGAUGCAAGAAAGAAGCAGAUAAAGAAGAAAAAACAAAAGCAAAAGAGCAAAAGACGAAAAGAAGAAAAAAUCGCAUCGUGAAAAGAUGAAAAAAAAUUAAAAUAUAAUAUAAAAGGCCAGAAAGCAAAUAAAGAUGUAUUAUGAAGAUAAUAUUAAAAAAUGAAAACAUCCGAAAAAAACAUCAACUUUGAGAAAAAGAAACAAAAUAUAAAAAUGGCAGGCAGUAAAGAAGCAGUACUAAAAUAACAUAUAAUAAACGAUAUAACGUUUAAAAUAUUAGGAAAAAAAAAUCGAUUACAUUUAAAAUAAAUAUAAAAAAUAUGCAUACAUUCUACUUCUAGUAAGAAUUCAAAAUAAAUUUUGAUGAAAAUAAAUAAAACCAUAAAAUGUUUUAUAA